GGAAAGAACCAGCCUACGGAUGCCGCGUGAAAACGGUACCGGCGCCAAGGAUGGCGAGGAAGAACGUAUGCUGAACGGUGGCGGACUGGACGCACCGACCGUUCGGGGCGACGGUGAACCGACCGAGAAGGACAAGCUAGCCCAGAAGGAAGUGGAGGUGAAGUUUAUCCCGUCGCAGAAUGGAGACGCCCGUAUUGACAUGGAGCUGGAGAGUCAGCAAGCACUCACCGGUAUGACCAAGGAGGAGCUGAUGAAGUACGCGAACGAUCCGUUCUGGGUACGGUUGCGCUGGCUGCUGUUCGUAUUGUUCUGGGCAUUGUGGGGUGCCAUGCUGCUCGGUUCGUUCUACAUUAUCUAUGACGCGCCAAAGUGUGCUGCCCCAGUGCCGUUAACCUGGUGGCAGGAAGGUCCGCUCGUUGAGCUAGACGGUGAACAGUACGCGGAGCAGGUGGCCGAGGUGGAACGGUACGGUGCAAAGGGUGUGAUCUAUCAUCUGCCGGCGGACGAAACGUACCUCAUCCAUACGGCUGCCGUGCAGGGCAAGGUGAAGCAACUGGUCAGCACGUUCGGCACCAAAAACAUCAAGGUGGUUGUGGACAUUACGCCCAACUUUGUCACCAAAACCGAUGCACUGUUCCAGGAAGCGCUCCAGCAGCCGGACAGUGCCGCCCACGCGGCAUUUGUUUGGCGUGAACCCGGUCUGAAGCCUCCGAACUGGCUGUCCAUUGCCGAGGAAGGCAGCGCAUGGAAGAACGCAUCCAACAACCAGUACGUACUGUCCCAGUUCGGGCCAGAUCGGUUCGAUCUGCAGUUCGGUGAACCGGUGGCCCGCGACAAGUUGAAGGCAACGCUACGCGCACUGCUCGAGCUGGGCGUACGCGGCGUCCGAUUAGCAAAUGCGAAACAUCUUCUGAUCAACCGCGACGGUGGUGACGAAUCGCCGAUGAAUCUGGAAGAAGCGGAUAAAUCACUUACGCACACAGACUAUGGCUUUUGGGCGCACAAGGAAACGACUUAUCGUGAGGGUUUGGGCGAACUGUUCCACGAGCUUACCGAGCUGGUGCACACCCAGACAGACGGCGAUGGAUUCCUGUCCGUGACGGAGGAUAUUCUACGGCCGGAAGUGUUCGCCACUAACGGUACGCUACCGAUUGAUGCUCCACUGUACGGCAAUAUUGAGUUCGAUCUGCGCGAGGAAAGUGGUCCGGAUGUGGCCAAAAAGCUGCGCCACGAUAUCGAAAAUGCGUACCGGACGAUCAACGGGUACAAGGCGCUCGGGGAGUCGGAAAAGCCUUGGCUACAGCUGCGAUACAAUCGUGCCUCGCUGGAGCACAUACCGGCGUCCGAGUACAGCGUGUUCCACUUCCUGCUGCCCGGUGUACCGGUCUUUCCGCUCGACGUACUAACCAAGGGUAACGUGUCGCAGGAGAGUGUCGAAACGUUGGAAAAGUUCCGUGCGACACCAUCGUUCCAGCACGGCCUGUUCAACGUGUACAACGAUGCAAACGUGUCGGCGAUCGCUUAUACGCGAUUAAAAUCAGGCAAUCCGGGAUACUUUGUCGUACUGAAUCUCGCCCAAACCGAACAGCGUACGCUCGACUUCAGCGGUAUCGAUGGGAUCGGCAGUGAGCUGACGGUCGUACUCACCAGCCAGAAUUAUGCCGUCCCGAACGUCGGUGUAAAGACUAAGGUACCGGUUGACGCAGUACCACUGUCACCGAGGUCGGCCCUGGUCGCCACCUACGUACCGACGAAGUAAUUCGCUACUGGAC